AUGUCUCCGGACUCGUGGUCCGACGCGGACAGUGUAUCGCAACAUUCCCACAUGUCGCAACAAGAUGAUUCACUUGAUCGGCAGUUGCUGCGCCAUUUGAUGCGACGCUAUGGUCGCGAUGGUAUUGCUCAAUUAAUGGAUGAGGAGGCUACUUCACCUGCCAUUAACAUCAACGAUGCUGCGUCGGUCAUCUCCUCCAGUACUUAUUCAUCAGUCAAGUCGGAAGAAACCCCUAGCGUUUUCGAUGCGGCAAGCAUACGAACUUACUCGUCCGACAACUCAUCCCUCCGAGGGAGUAUCAUCUCUAAUGUAUCGGCCCGUACUGCGAAGUUGCUUGGUCGCAAAGCACCUCGCCCUUCCAUUACCCACGAGGAGGAAACUUCACCGGCUUCGAAUGAGUCAACAACGCCUGCGCCUAAACAGAAGGGUUCUUUCACGUGCGGUUUUUGUCGAGAGGAGGAUAUCCAGAAGACAUGCACACGUAAAAACGACUUGAAGAGGCAUAUUGAGGAUUUUCACAACACCAACGCUCAAUGGUUUUGUCGGCAAAAGGGUUGCGACAUGGUUUUUGACUGGCAGACGGCAUACAAAACUCAUCUCAAGCAAGCCCACGGUGGCUCCCGUAUGUCUCUCGAUGAAGCCAAGAUCAACCUUUGUCCUCAGACUGUUUUUGCUUGUGGCUUUGAGAACUGUACCCAAGUAUUUGAAGCGCCUAGCGACGACGAGGCCGACACUGUGUUCAAGGAGUUCGUGGCUCAUGUUGUGAAACACUUCGAUGAGGGUUCCAACAGCGGAGAAUGGACCUAUUCGGGAAGAAUGCGAAACUUGCUUCGACAGAAUGGUCUCGUUCGUGCCUGGCAAGGUUCAUCUUGGGGUGAGGAUGACCGAAGUCAAUUACAGUGGCAUCCUCAGUCCAGCGGCAUUCUCCGCAAGCGCCUCGAAACAAGGCAUCUGGGGGAUUUGCAGCUUCUUGUUCAGUAUGCCAUUGCUCUUGGCUCAGAACCAUCGUCUAUCACAAAAUAUCGCGAGGACUUUGUCAACCCUGUCAAGGACCAAUGUCGUCAAGUCAUCAUGGGACACAAGUCUCGGGCACCUCCCCUGCCGCCCUCGGGCCCGACCCCAAGCGCGGAUCAGUACCAGUUCCGCAUUUCCCGGGGAAACACAAACCACAAUCCCAAUCUGGCGGCAUACAUGGCUACACAGCGCCGGGCAUACCCAGCAAGGGCCGGCCCCGUUCGUUCUGGUCGCUCUGCUCGCCCCCCGCGGCAGGCCAUGCCCGCAACUUCAUCAGCCCCGAGCCCGAUGCCACACCAUUUCCAGUACCCCAAUAUGGGGGUAGUACCAAUGUAUGAUCCGCGACAGCAGCACCAACAGCAGCAGUUUGCCAUGAUGCAGCAAGCCAAUGGGGGUAUCAUUGCUGAGGAUUUGCGAAGCCUUCAGUCCAUGACCAACGGUGUACCAGAACGGGACAUUGAUAUGGCCGACACCGAAAUGAUGGACCCUUCAUUCAUGCAACAGCCCAACUUCUCGGGCCCUUACGAACCUCAGGGCAUGACUACCUCCGCGGCGGAUGCUUCAUGCCUUACACCUACAGACCAUAUGAACCAACAUAUGACGUUUGGUUUCGAUACAGCAUAUUCCUGA